AUGGCUGGCCAGGGCAGUGAGGAGGCAGGGCAAGGGGGAGGACAGCAGAGCAUGCUCGCGAGUCAACGCGCAAAAGAGCAGGGUGAGGCCACGGGGCGCUUCUCCAAGUGGUUUCCUCUAUCCGCCAAGUCGGGAUUCGAUCAAUGGUGGGCUGGACUCUCGCCCAUGGCAACGGAGCAUCGCGUUCUCUCUUUUAUACCCCAUCUCCAGAGCCCACCUACGCAUACGCAGACGGGCGCAUCCGCCGCUCCUUCGUCCACCGAUCUCAACGCGCCCCCGAAACAUUCCGAAGACCAGACGACGACUAACGCCACAAAUGACCCUCUCGGUGGAUACCUGGCCAUUGCAUACGCCUUGAAAUACCCCGGGCAUUUGAACAAGUUGAUACUGGCGUCUCCGGUGGGCAUACCCGAGGAUCCGUAUGCGGUCGACGAGGAGAUGCCUGACCCCCAGGAGUCAAGCAUGGCGAAUGAAUUCACUCAGGAUGCUGCAGAGACAAACAGUCGGGGUGUACAGCCCAUCACAGCUGACAAGAACAACUUUAUGAAUCAGCAGAAGAAGGGCGAUACUACAAAAGACACGAAGCAACCGCCAAAACGACGACUACCAUGGUGGCUCUACUCCCUCUGGGAAGCCAAUAUGAUUUCACCCUUUACCUUUGUCCGCUGGUCUGGGCCUCUUGGACCCCGCCUUGUAUCCGGCUGGACGUCGCGCCGCUUCUCACAGUUACCCGAAGAAGAAGCACAAGCACUACACGACUACAGCUACGCCCUCUUCCGCCAGCGGGGUAGUUCCGAGUACGCGCUAGGUUAUCUCCUUGCGCCCGGUGCUUUUGCUCGCAGUCCAAUGAUUCGGAGAAUACAAGGUGUGGGCCGGCAAUGGAUACAGGCACAUGACGCGCCAACGGUAGACGGUGACGCUCCACCCAUAGCGUCUGCCAACUCACCGCAGUCGGCCGCCGCGAAACGCGAGACUGGCUACCCGGUUGUCUUCAUGUAUGGCGAAAAUGACUGGAUGGAUGUUGCGGGGGGAUUCGCGGCCGAGGAGAAGAUGAAGCUGGAACGCGAACGCUUGCUAGCGAGUGCGUCGCCGGAGGAGCGGAACAAGGAUCACGGUGUGGCCAAGGUGGUUAUUAUUAAUAAGGCUGGACAUCAUGUUUAUCUGGAUGGGUGGGAACAGUUUAAUCGGGUCAUGUUGGAGGAAAUGGACGAGGUUAGACGGAGACAAACACACACAUAG